AAAUUGUGCAACACUGAAUAAACAGAACGCCAUCUCUGAGAGAUCACAGAAACUGCAAAUUCAAAUAACAUAACCACACAUUAAUGUAAUAAUUUAAGAAUUUAUACUUUUAAUUUUUAAAACCCACAAUGCUAUUAAUAAAGCAAUUGUUCCACCUUUCACCACCAUCACCACUACUUCAGUCAGUUCGCUUUCGUUCCAAAAUAAACAUUCAAAAACCUCAACUCCCACAUCAUGUGAAGGCUACCUUUUUAGAACUUACCAAGCCGAUGUUUCCACGAAAAGUAAAAACUCCGAUAGAGUUUUGCAAUAAGGGCAAUAUUUACGCGAAGGAUGGCGAGAAUCCAUAUCAGGAAAUAAUUGCAGGCGAAGUGUUUAGAUGGUUCCAAAGCUCGCGAUUAGUAGCGUUUUACCACAUGAAUCCGAUGAGCAGUGACCAAAAGUUCAAAGCUUUUGCGUCAUUUAAGAAAGAGAAAAUGCAUUUUCAAAAUUUUGGGCGGCGUACAAUGGAAUUGGCAGUAAAGGGAACGGCAUAUGAAGCAGCUUUAUCAUUGUACGUGUCACGCAACUUCAUAGUUUUCAGUCCAGAACCUGAAAUUAAAAAGUUGCUGAAGAUAUCGAAGAAAUUUCCAGAAAUUAUACUGAUGGCUGGAAUCUACGAGGGGAAGUUUUUAAGCAAAGAUGAACUUGUAAGUUACAGCGCGAUACCAAACAUUCAGACUGCACAAGCUGACCUGGUACGAACACUGGAUAGUUUAGGAGGGCAAUUAGUACAGAAUUUAAACAUACACCAAAAUACCUUAAUGCAUAAUUUAGAUGAACGAAUUAAACAAUUAGGCAGUUCUUAGUUACAUGUUUUUAUUCAAUAAAUGUACAGUUGUGAGUC